AGGCUCACUGGUCUCGAGGAGUCAAACAUGGCAGUGUCGAGGUUACCGACCGCAGCUCUCUCUCUGAAACAGUUUUUACAGAGGCAGAGGAUUUUGGGGAUUUACAGAAACAUGUUGAGGACCAUACGGCAGGUACCAGACGAGGCGGACAGGAAGUACCUCAGAGACUGGGCGAGAGAUGAGUUCAAGAGGAAUAAGAGCGCCACAGACCAGGACGCCAUCCGCAUGAUGGUCACACAAGCUAACAACCAUCUGGAGGAGCUGCAGAAGUCUCUGGCGCUGGCCAGAAGUUAAGGACUCAGAGCUGCUGGGAAUCCCUGAUGUGGACUUAUCUGUGACAGUUCUCAGUGAAGACCAUCAUGUGGUUUUUAUUGAGAAGAGACUCUUUAGUGCUGAGGGAAACCAUGGAGAUUGGGAAACCCCUCACUCUUGUGACUCAUCAUUACCUACUUACUUGUCAAGGAUGGAUUGAUGGUGUUGACCUGAAGACAUCGUCCUGCUGUUGUUUGUGCUGUAUACAUAUAUAUGUAUUAAACAGGAAGUAAUGAAACAA